AUGCAAGCAACAUACCUGAGCGAGGUGUUCUGGGGCGGUUGUGGGUCUAAAGCAUAUUUUCAGUACGGACUGGAGGAGUUGCAAGGCCAUCUGGUAGGGGAGUUGGGCCAGAUGGGGAACCUGGGAAGCAUUUUGGCUGGUUUGGGUGGGCAUCAUUCCCAAAUCAAACCCCCAUACCCAAAAACCGCACUUCACUUCACUCCCCUCACAGUCACCCCCGUGCAGAAGACGCGCAUACCAACACCUCCCCCCCUCCCCCUUCAAACCCCGACCCCAAACCCGCCCCCGCACCCCCCGCUCCGACCCCAAACCCACCCCCGCACCCCCGGCUCCGACCCCAAUCCCGCCCCCGCCCCCCAUGCUCCGACCCCGCCCCAACCCAACCCUCCAACCGCGCCCAACCGCCCAACCCAACCUCUCCGUUCAAACUCCGACCCCAUCCAUUCAAACACCGACCGACGCUCCUCCGCAACGGGACCAAACCGCACAACCGCGCAAGCUACACAACGCGCGAUAAAGUCGUAUAGCAGCACGCGCGGCCUAGUUGGCGUGCUGUCUUGCUGGUUUUGGGGAGUUGUGGUGUGGGAUUGGGGAGUCUGUUGCGGGAUUCGGGAACGUGUCGUGUAUGGAGGAUGGGGUGGGUGCGGUUGGGGGAGAGAGGGGGGAUGGGGGGAGGGGAAAGAGGACGCAGGUUGCGUGUUUGAAUUGCCGGAGGAGGAAGAGUCGGUGUUUGUUCAACAACAACAACAACCUCUCCCCUCAUUGACGGUGACGGCGCCAGAAGGGAGUUUGCACACGCUCGGCAAUCUCGGCACGUGGCAGGAACCCGGUGCAAACCAAGCGCAAUACGGCGAAGAGCUGCAAAACUCACGAUCCAACUCGUCGAAUGCAGAGGAGUUGCCUUUUUCUAAUCUACAGAAUCCCUCGGAUGCCUUGGGUAUUCUGGCAAGGGUUGCCGGCGAAUCGAGCUCGAAUGAAGAGAAUGGCGGCGCGGCGACUUUGGCUGCGUCGAUCAGCACAAGGCCCACAGGAUCCCUUUCGACGUCUAUGCAGGCUCCGCUCUCAUUUUCCUAUCCGCUGUUGGAUCGUGGGGUUUUGACGGUGCAUUCGCUGUGCCAGCUUCUCCUUCGAUUUCAACAACACUAUCAUCCGUAUUAUCCACUGGCGCCUGCGCAUGCUUUUGAGACAUCAAGGCUGUCGGAUAUGGUUACCAAGGAGCCGCAUUUGCUCACGGCAAUUCUGCUCAUCGCCUCGAAAGAUUUGGUGGAUGAGCCGCUGAUUUAUGAAGCGUGUUCCGAGCACAUGAAGAGUCUUGUUGCCACUUUGGCGGCAGGAGGCGAUGCAGGCAUCGAGGCUGUGGAGGCUUUGUUGCUACUUGCAGAGUGGGCGCCCUAUACCCAACGAGGCUCUGGAAAGGUGGGCAAGGGGGAAGAAGACAAGGAGAGUUGGAUGCAUGCCGGGCUCGCUCUUCGGAUUGCAUACUAUCUCGCCCUCGACAGAUACUCGUUCCGCUUCGUCGACCAGGGAAAAGAUCCCGAUCACCACCGCAAACGCCUCAUCUGGACUUAUACAUACGUCUCCGACCGCCACAUCAGCAUUCGCAUUGGCAAAGGCUUUUGGUCUCGUGGACCAGGGCCACUGACCACCCUCCGGCGCGAAGACUAUCCAACCCUCAUCCCCAAGAAUCCAAACGAAGAAGACUACGCCUCGAUAUUCCAGGCAAAUCUCGAAUUGACUCAACUCUUCAGCAACGUCCACGACACACUCUACUCCAACCCAGGCUCCAGUUUCCGUACGCACAUGAGCGGCAGCUAUAUAAAAUUCAUCGAUGACUUUCGCUCUGCCAUCUACGGCUGGAAGUCUGUCUGGGGUACCCUGACAUGCUCUCCACCGCUCAAAGCCUGUCUCCUAAUAUCCUAUGACUACCUCCGCCUCUACACCAAUGCCUUUGCCUUUCAAGCCACCGUUCUCCGCGCCCUUCCUUCCUCCACCCAGCCCACCGACCCCAUGUCCUCACAGGCAGCAAGCGGAAUGCACAUCCCGCAACGCGUCUUCGCCAACAACGUCGGAGCCGUUGGCGACGCACGCUUCAUAUACGAAGGUCUGGAUGCCGCAAAAGCCAUCUUGACCACGGUAAACAACUUUGUCGAUCCAGAGCGCAGUCUGCGCUUCAUGCCACUGCGAUACUACCUCUACCUCGUGUACGCCGGCGUCUUCCUCUACCGCGCCCGUUGCACCGGCGUCAUUUCCGCAGACGAAGACCGCGCCAUCCGCGCCAUGAUCAAUGAAACAAUCACACGCCUACAGCGCGCCGCCGUCGGCUCCGGCGCCGGCAUCCAACACCCAGGAAGCCGCUACAGCCAGCUGCUCAAGCUGCUGUGGGCCAAAGUCCCCCGCAAAGACAAACGCGAACGCAGUGCCUUCAGACACCCAGGCACAACCAUUGCCUCCAACAUCCUAGACUCCAACGGCUUUCCCACCACCGCCUCCCACCGUCCUCCCCAUAGUCACCCUCCCGCGCAUACGAACCAGCAGCAGUCGCCCCAGGCUAGCUCUACAGGCACCACGGGCGAGUCCCCCGCGCUCACGGAGCAAAUGGGGGAUUUUGGCUGGACCGAUCUUUCGGCCGUGGGCGAGUUUGCGGUGCAUGGGGCUGCGGCGACGGGGGCGGGGAACGAAGACCAGAGUGCGCUGUGGAAUGGGUUUUUGCCGCUGGAUAUGGGAUGGGGGGCGCCGGGGCAGGGGUUUGGGUUUGAAGGGCUGGGGAACUUCGAGGGGGAAUCCAAGUACUGUACUAUCGAGUAUGGAGAAUUCUUACGCUCGUGCCAUGCACAUCCCGGAAGCAUCUCUAUGCCGGCCAGCGCUAGUGUCCGUGCAAUACCCGAAGCUACUACCGGCCAGGAUCGCAGCUACAUCAACCAUGAAAGUCGUUUGAAACGACACGGUGCCUUGGCGGCUCGCUCAAUGGGGCAGCUCAACUCGUCACACUGUGUCGGUCACCAAGCUCAUGUGUGGAGGCUUGGCCGGGACGCAAGCUCUGUGGCCAUAUAUUUUCACCCUCCUUUUAGCCGUUUACGAGGCAGCUUCACACAAGCGUGGGCCAUCAUCUAUGCACUUAGCGGCUAG